CAGAUGCCUGGAAGGAACCGUUUAACUCCACAUCUCUUUCUCCAGGGGAAAUAAAAGGAAAAGGACCACCCCUUCUUCGAGGGACCACAGGCAGAGCCCAGACAAAGAGAGUUGGAGUGACUUGAGUGAUUCCCAUAAAGAGGCUGAGGCUCCAAGGUGUGGGCCCCACGAUAUAGCCAGCUGAUUUCACAGUCAGGCCCGGGACUUGGAGCUGACCCUGCUGAGGUCUCCGUUGGUGGGUGGAGGAUGAGGCUCCUCCGAAGACGCCACAUGCCUCUGCGGCUGGCCAUGGUGGGCAGUGUCUUCAUGCUCUUCCUCUUCAUUUGGCAUAAGGACGUAAGCAGCAGCGAUCAGACCAUGGAGAAACCAUGGUUGCAGUCCCUGGUGGGCCAGAAGGACCACGUUUUGGACCUCAUGCUAGGGGCGGUGAACAACCUUCGAGACUCAGUGCCCAAGCUGCAGAUCAGGGCUCCAGAGCCCCAGCAGACACUGGUCUUUGUAAACCAGACCUGCCUCCCCGGGUUCUAUACCCCAGCUGAGCUGAAGCCCUUCUGGGAAAGGCCGCCACAGGACCCCAACAGUCCCGGAGCAGAUGGGAAUGCAUUUAAGAAGAGUGAGUGGACCCCUCAGGAGAUUCAGGAAAAAGAAGAGGGCUAUAAGAAGCACUGCUUCAAUGCCUUUGCCAGUGACCAUAUCUCCUUGCAGAGGGCCCUGGGGCCAGACACCCGGCCUCCUGAGUGUGUUGAUCAGAAGUUCCGGCGCUGCCCCCCUCUGCCCACCACCAGCGUCAUCAUUGUGUUCCACAAUGAAGCCUGGUCCACGCUGCUGCGAACGGUGUACAGCGUCCUGCACACCAGCCCUUCCAUCCUGCUGAGGGAGAUCAUCCUGGUGGAUGAUGCUAGCACAGAGGAGUACUUAAAGGAGAAGCUGGAGCAGUAUGUGCAGCAGCUCCAGAUUGUGAAGGUGGUGCGGCAGAAGGAGCGGAAGGGGCUGAUCACUGCACGGCUGCUGGGGGCCAGUGUGGCACAGGCAGAGGUGCUCACCUUCCUGGAUGCCCACUGUGAGUGCUUCCAUGGCUGGCUAGAGCCCCUCCUGGCUCGAAUUGCUGAGGACAAGACAGCAGUGGUGAGCCCAGACAUUGUCACCAUCGACCUUAACACUUUCAAGUUCUCUAAGCCCGUGCAGAUGGGCAGAGUCCAUAGCCGUGGCAACUUUGACUGGAGCCUGACCUUUGGCUGGGAGGUUCUACCUGCACAUGAGAAGCAGAGACGCAAGGAUGAGACCUACCCAAUCAAAUCCCCGACGUUUGCUGGUGGCCUCUUCUCCAUCUCCAAGUCCUACUUUGAGCACAUCGGUACCUAUGAUAAUCAGAUGGAGAUCUGGGGAGGGGAGAACGUGGAAAUGUCCUUCCGGGUGUGGCAAUGCGGGGGCCAGCUGGAGAUCAUUCCCUGCUCUGUGGUAGGCCACGUGUUCCGUACCAAGAGUCCCCACACCUUUCCCAAGGGCACAAGUGUCAUUGCUCGCAACCAAGUGCGCCUGGCUGAAGUCUGGAUGGACAACUACAAGAAGAUUUUCUAUAGGAGAAAUCUGCAGGCAGCAAAGAUGGCUCAGGAGAAAUCCUUUGGUGACAUUUCGGAAAGAUUGCAGCUAAGGGAACAACUACACUGCCACAACUUUUCCUGGUUCCUGCACAACGUCUACCCAGAGAUGUUUGUUCCUGACCUGAAUCCUACCUUCUAUGGAGCUAUCAAGAACUUCGGCACGGAUCAAUGCCUGGAUGUGGGAGAGAACAACCAUGGCGGGAAACCCCUCAUCAUGUACUUCUGCCACGGCCUUGGCGGUAAUCAGUACUUUGAGUACACAACCCAGAGGGACCUUCGACACAACAUUGCCAAGCAGCUGUGUCUACACGCCAGCACCAGCACACUGGGCCUUAGGAGCUGUCACUUCACUGGCAAAAACAGCCCAGUGCCCAAGGAUGAGGAAUGGGAAUUGACCCCGGAUCAGCUCAUCAGGAACUUAGGAUCUGGUACCUGCCUGACAUCCCAGGACAAAAAGCCAGCCAUGGCCCCCUGUAACCCCAGGGACCCCCAUCAACUGUGGCUCUUUGUCUAGGCUCCAGUUGUCCCCAGGGCCAGCCCUGCCACUCCUUUCAGGAAACAGGAUUACCAGACAUCUGAAAAUCUGAUCACCAGCUCCUCUGCAGGCCUUAAAGAUGGAU